GAGGAUCCGACGCUGGAACGUUCCUUUCGUGGACAUAAGGAUGCCGUUACCAGCGUUUGCUUCAACCAUAACAUGAAGCAGUUGGUGUCGGGCUCGCUGGACAAUUGCGUCAUGGUGUGGAACUUCAAGCCGCAGCUACGUGCUUUCCGUUUUGCGGGACACAAGGCAAGUCAUAUGUAUAGGACGCUGGCGGGCGUCUACUCUGUGGCCUUCUCGCCCGUCCAUGCCUUGAUCGCUUCUGGCUCCAAGGACCGCACCGUCAGGCUGUGGCAACCUACCGUGGAGGGCAAGUCCACGGUGCUCAAGGCUCACACAGGCACUGUCCGCGGCGUGUCGUUCUCCGCGGAUGGCCGCAUGCUGGCCACCUGCUCUGACGACAAGACGAUCAAGGUUUGGUCCGUCGCCACUCAGAAAUUCGCCUUUACCCUCUCCGGCCACCAAAAUUGGGUCCGCUGCUGCGCCAUAUCGCCCGACGGCCGCCUGGCAGUCUCCGGCGGUGACGAUCGCUCCGUGCGCAUCUGGGACCUCAACUCCAAGCGCGUGGUGCGCGUGUUCGAGGAGCAGGCCCCCGCCGGCGGCCUCAUCAACACCGUGGCCUUCCACCCUGACGGCACCUGCAUCGCCUCAGGCUCUACCGACGCCUCCCUGAAGCUGUGGGACCUGCGGUCGAAUGUGUUGUUGCAGCACUACCGGGCGCACACGGGCGCGGUGACGCACGUGUCGUUCCAUCCCACCGGAAGCUUCUUGUUGAGCUCCUCCCUGGACACAACUCUCAAGGUCUGGGAUCUGCGGGAAGGCCAGCUGCUGUACACGCUGCACGGCCACGAGGGAGCCACCAACGGCACCGCCUUCAGCCCCUCGGGAGACUACUUCGCGUCGUGCGGUGCGGACGAGCAGGUGAUGGUAUGGAAGACCAACUUCGAUCGCUACCUGGAGGACUACACAGCGGUGGGGGUACAAAAGGUGCCCCGAGGAGGCGAGCCCCUCAUCAACGAGGCCCCUGCCGCGCCAGCGCCGGCGCCGAUACCACGGGCAGCUGCGGCGUCAGCCGCCGCCGCGGCGGCGCUUGAGGAGUACGAAGUGGAGGUUCCGCCCCCGCUGAACCUGGCGGACCUUCCCGAGUCCCUGGCGGCGACGCUGCAGCACAUGGUGGGUCAGUUGGACGUGCUGACACAGACCAUUGCGCUGCUGGAUGAGCGGCUCACUCGCAAUGAGGACUACGCGCAGCGCUUAGAUGACAAGCUCAGCGCUCUGCUGCAACAGCAGCCAAUGCAGCCACAACAACCCGCGAUACUGCAGCCGCCAUCGCAACACCAACCGGGGCCGCUUUACGGAGGCGGCGGUAGGUUUGUGGUCGCCAAGCCCAGCAGCAGCAACAACAACAACGCAGUUGGCCUUUCCCCAGAGAUCGUCGACGGCGAUGGCGGGGAGCUAGGGCCAGGCACGUACGACACGGUUGAGCAGUACAGUGACCAGAUGUGA